GUCACAUCACAAUUAAUGACGUGGAUUUAGGUUAGGUUAUGCUUUACAAUUUUUACCUGAAUCUUGUCGAAAUAUUACUAAAAAAGUAAUUUAAGAGUUCAUCGUAAAGCACAAAUCGUAAAUAAUGUUCGAAAUUACAGAUACGCAAAAAAUAGGAGUCGGACUUGCAGGAUUUGGUAUAUCUUUUCUUUUCCUUGGAAUGUUACUACUCUUUGAUAAAGGUCUUCUUGCUAUUGGAAAUAUUUUAUUUAUAUGUGGAUUAUCAUGUGUUAUUGGACCAAAGAGAACCCUCAGCUUUUUUUUUCAAAGGCACAAGAUAAAAGCUAGUGCUUCAUUUUUAGGAGGAAUUAUUAUAGUACUUAUGGGUUGGCCUAUCAUAGGCAUGAUCAUAGAAACGUAUGGUUUUAUAUUAUUAUUCAGUGGUUUCCUGCCAGUUGCCAUAAAUGUUUUACGAAAGAUACCUGGUUUAAGAAUUAUUUUAAAUUUGCCAGGUUUAUCUCGAAUAUUAGAUUCAAUUGCGGGAGAUCCAAAUAGAACAACUGUAUGAUAUGUUUCUUGAUAUGAUGGCACAAAUCAUUGUAUAUAAGAUCCACUAUUUUAUAUUGUGUCCCAAACUUCCUCGUCAUUCCCUUCUGAAAUUUCUCUCAGAUCUCUGUUUGUAUUGUAUAAAUGUCAAGUGUAAACAACAAAGUUCAAUUACCUACCCAUUUAAUCUAGAAAUAUUGUGUAAAAAUAAUAUAUAAAUUUCUCAUUUUCAUAUAAACUACUGUAUUGCUGCAGAGACUAUAUGUGUAUUUUAAGAGCAUUCCAAAAUGUUCAGGUAGAUUGAGGAUCAAAAUUAAAAUGGGAAGUAUUUUUAUUUAAAAUCAUUAAUUCACUGUAUCAGUAGAUUAAUGAUAUUAAGGCUAACACCUACUUUAUAUUUGGAAUGUUUAUAAUAAUGAAACAUUGUAUGAAACAUGAAAUAUGUAAUAUGAAAUAUGAUACGUGACUGUCACUACUCCUUAAAAAUAUAAUUUUACUAUAUAAGAAUGCAGACAUAUUAUUUAUUUUUAGUAUCUAUUUAAUGAACAAACAAUAACUUAGAUAAUUAUCUUAUCUUGUAUGUUACAAAACGUAAGAUAAAGAAUUUAACUAAAAAAAAUUAAAAAGUUAUGUUUAAGGUAAAAAAAGACUCAAAACUAUGUUUUGUCAUUACUUUUAUUGAUCUGUUGGUUUCUUUGCACACAUCCUAACAUGAACACAUUGGAUGCAUACACUUACAAGUAACGCUUCUCAUUAUCUUACACGUAGUAGUCUGGAGUGUGAAAUUAAAUUACUGUCACUGAAACUCGAUGAAUUUCAUUGAUAUCGUUAAUAUGAUCAUUUAUUAUCUACAACGGGCCGAGAGUAAGGGCGGGGGGGCGGCCCAAGUCUACGCGUCCCGCCGUCGCCGCAAUGGUAUUUCGUCGCGCGUCCUUCUCUUGCUCAAAUGUAUACGCUUAUUUUUGUUAUUUUCUUCUUUUUUGUUUAGAUAAUUAUUUUUACUACUUUAUGUCUCGACCAUCGCUUAUAUAGUCACAUGUAUCAAACAUUUCACAUAUCCAUUCGUUUUUUUUU